AUCAAACUGACACAUCCAUCAUUCUCAAGAAACUCUCAAGAACCUUCCUCACUCUUUCUUAUACAUUUCUUUUCUCUCUUAUUACUUAAACCUCUUUCUCUCUUACUUCCUUCAUUAUUCUCCAUUUUCCUCUCUUCACUCUUCACACCCCUCUUUCACUCACUCUCCCAAUGGAAGUAAAAUACGAUGAACCCAUACCCAAAUUCCCCAGAGAUCAAAACCCUCCCAACGAUUUUGACCCAAAAGGUUACAAUCUCAACGGCAAAAUCAUGCUCUGUGCCAUUAUCCUUCUCUUCUUCAUCAUAGUAUUAAUGCUUUGUCUCCAUAUUUACGCUCGUUGGUACCUUCUCCAAUCUCGUCGCCGGAGAAACCGUAUACGCCGCCGUACUCAGCUGGUUUUCUUCACCGAUGACCCAACAAACGCCGCCGUCACCACUGUUACACGCGGACUCGAUGCUACCGUCAUCGCCUCGCUUCCGUUGUUCUUUUACGAUGCGAAGAAUUACCCGGAAAACGCACCGGAAUGUGCUGUUUGUUUGUCGGAAUUUGAAUCCGGUGAAACGGGUCGGGUUUUACCCAAAUGCAAACAUAGUUUUCAUACUGAGUGUAUUGAUAUGUGGUUUCAUUCUCAUGACACGUGUCCUCUUUGUCGGGCGCCCGUUGAGCCCAUGCAAAACCGACCUGAUGUUGUUAUAAACGUUUGCGAACCGGAAACCGGUUCAAGUUCUGGUUCGACCGAAGAUGUGAAUAAUGAAAACCGAGCCGGUAAAGAGGUUGGUUCGAGUUCGGUUGGGUUAAGGAGAAAGCCGUCAUUUGCGGGAGUGACAGUUGAAGUGCCUACAAGAAACGAAAGUUUUCGAGAUGAGUCGACUCAGUCAUCGUCGUUCCGGUCGCCGAUGAGUAGAAUGUCCUCGUUUAAGAGGAUUCUUAGUAUGAAUUGGAAAGGGAAUGUUUCUCCGUCAUGCGACGGUUGUGGUGGUGGUGGGUGUAGCUCAAUAGCCGAAGCUUCGAAUUACAGUCAAAAUAAAGCUGUCUAGUCUAAUAAUAUCGACAUUUUUUAGACGAAUACGAGAUGAUGUGGCAGAUAUUUUAAACACGGAACGUGUAUAAAGCGGUAUGACAUUUUGUGAGUAGGAGCGGUGAGUGGCACAUUUGAGAAUAUGAGAAGGAGUUGGAAAUUUCAAAGAAUGUAUCUAUGCAUGUAUGUACUCAACGGUCAACAUAGAUUAGUCCAAUUUGUUGAUAAGAUUAUUUGUUUAUUAUUUUGUUUAUUGUUUAUGUUUCAAAGAUGGUAUAAUAGGACUCAACACAAAAAAUUGAACUGUCUUUAUUA